AAUCGACGUCUCCGUUCCAACUGUCACUCCCAGGAUCCCCCGCGGGCCAGGCUCCCCUCCCUCCUGAUUGGCUGAGGCAGAGGGAAGCGGAAGUCUCGCGCUGCGGUUGCCAGGAGACGGGAGAGAAGCUGGAGGCGGCGGGGAAAACGAUAUGACAGAGGGGAGAUGAAGAACCGGGGGAGUAAGAGCGGAAAAGCGGGGGGCAGGAGAAAGACAGGGGCCACAGAUGUCUCCCCGUCCACCUCUCUCCCCCCGCUGGUGGAGGGUCAGCUUCGCUGUUAUGUCAGGGUGACCGUGAGUAAGAUCCUGUGGACAGUCCCCAGACCCCCCCGCUCAGUCCUCAUCAGACUCCGGUGGUGGGGAGAGACGAGCAACGGAACAGUCUUCACCCCCAGGGACACGUCCCAGACCGAACAGAAGGAGGUGAAGACGACGACGCGCUACGCUGUGCACUGUGGCCCCAAACAGCUCAUCUCCUACCUCACAGAUAUGGGGGCGCUCGUACUGGACGUUCUCACCAGACUUGACCACUUGCCCGUCGGUCGCGCUCAAAUCAGCGACAUCUCGCGGCUCUCCCCGACACAUCCGCUCAGCGGCUUCUUCGCGGUUGUGUCACCGACCUCCGAGAAACUGGGAGAACUGCAGGUGUCUGUUGCUAUGGAACCUCUGGCGUAUGACACGGGCAAUGAUGUGAGCCAGGAUACAGCUUUAUCAGGGCACCCACCCAAGGGGGAGCCACUAAAGUCCAGCAAGAUCUUUGCAGACCACCGGGAGUCCGAGAACAGCAGAGUCUCCAUACCCAGGGGCAGAGACCACCUAUACUUCAAAGAGAACACUGAACCUAAUAGAGGUUUGGGGAAAGGACCACAAGUUCCGGAUGCCGGGGUGUCCCUGAGCCUCUCCUCUAAGGACAAGAUGUCUGCCAGUCCUGUGACACAGGAGAGAUCAGCUGAUCACCUCAAGGGUCCGUCAAGUGUGAGCACCGCACCCGCUGCCAGGGACCUGCUAACAGCUCUUUUAGAUCAGGGCAGCAAACUAAGAGAUGCUAUGGUGGAAUCCGCUCUGCGAAUGGACCCUCAGGUUGACCUCGAGGCAGAGUCAGUCCUGCCCCCUGUCUUGGAUAAAGAACAUUACAGUUCACGGUCUCUCAGGGCAGCACCGGAGAGUCUCGCAACCCUGCAACUUUUAUCAGGCAGUGGUAUGAUCCUGCCACCCGCAGAACCCACCCUUCCGGAGUUAGAGAUGACCACCGAGACCCGGGCCAUAGAGCUGCUUCUGGGCAGCUCACCUAUACCUAUCAGCCAGUUCUGGGAUGGGACCGGUUCACCCCCUGAGUCCAUAGCAGGAAGCGAUUUCUACAAUGAAAGUGAACUGAACGAUCCCCUGUACGACCAGAGCCUGCUGGAGAAUCUGUUCUACAAGACGCCGAACUUAGAUGACAGCUCUGGUGAUAUUGUCAGUGAUGAUGAUCUGUCAAAGUCUAGAAGAAAGGAAACUAAAACUGUGCAGUAUGAAAAGGCGGAAAAGCUUAAAUUAACUCCCCAGGAGACAGAGGAACAGAUAUCGCAAGACGUGUCCACCAGAAAAUACAGAUCUCCGGAGCGAUCCAGUAAAGUUGGGACAAGAGCAGAGACACUUGACCUGAGUGUUGACCGUCUUGCACAGUUGGGCCGUAUGCAUGCGGCGCGGGUCAUCGUGGAAUCCUUAAAGAUAGAACCUGAGAGCAACCAGGUGACAAGUAAAGGGAAACCACCAAGACCGGUAUCAGGGGUGAAACGAACGUUUUUUGUGGAAUUCCAUUUUCCCGUGUCAUCCAAGACCAAAGCAGGAGAAUUGGCGACGGCGACAGAAAUAACACGACUGGUGUCAAGCAGGAUUGUAAAUGGAGUUGUAAAAUUCCACCAAAGAUUUGUGUUUCCUGUCGUAUUCCACGGACCAAUGAUCCAGCACUGGUGGGACUCCGGCCUGACCUUCCGCAUCUUCAUGAGGAAGAGCACCCAGAAAAAGCCCGGACUUCUUGGCUCCGCCGUUCUGUCCCUUCGCGAUGUUCUCCGAUCUCAGGAUCUCUUCGUCUCGCAGUCCCUUUCAGUUCGGUGCUCGGAGACUCAGGGGGAAUUAGUAGAGGUUGGGCCCCUGAAGGUGUCAGUAGCCAUUGCUGGAGAAAGCAGAGAGUUCUCUAAGAUCCCAGAGAAGUCAUCUUUAAGAGUGGCGGACUCAUCGGCUUCACUCUCCAGACCCAACGUGAGCAUCAUGGAGGCUGAAGAUCAGUCGUACACAGAGGACUCUCCAGAGGAGCCCCCACCUUCAAUCUCCCCUGCUAAACCUCACACCCCCCAUCAGACAGAGCCUCCCCAAAGAGCACGGACACAACAAGUACUGGAGGCAGAAGAGGAGACUGGCUUAUUACUGCAUGUUAUCCUCAUGGUGCCUGCAGGCAAGGGCUUAGUGUGCACCCCCGAAUAUUCCUCCAUUUGUAAUCCAUAUCUGAACUGCAAACUGUUCUCUACCCAGGAAGCCACUCGCUCCGCUGUAGUGUGGGGCAGCAACCAGCCCCCCUUCAACUUCUCUCAGGUGGCUCCUGUCACUCUGACAAGUCGGCUCCUUGAAAAAAUGAAGAAUAACGUGAUGAUCAUUGAAGUCUGGAAUAAAGUCCCCAACCCAAGUACAGAUCAGCUCUUGGGCCUGGCCAAACUCCCCCUACAUCAGUUCUACAUGUCCUUCAGUGAUCCAAAAAUUUGCCGUCUUCUACUCCAAGCUCAGUACCCGGUGGUUGCGGUGGACAGCUUUGUUCCAAUCUUCGACAUGUUCACCGGUUGCGAACGCGGCCAACUCAGGGUUCUGCUCGCCAUGGGAUCAGGAGACCAAGUGGUGGCUCUACAGAGGCUAAAAAACGAGGAGGGGACCCCGGCGGCACCAAUGCCAAGACCGACGCAUUUUCUGGACCCACCACAGUCAUUCGUCCAGGCGUCCCGGACUUCAGAGAGCAGCACCGACCACGUGUUUGACAUACAUGUGGAAAACGUGAAGGGUCUGACUCCUCUGCAGGCCACGGUGUGGGGGGAGGCCGACUGCUUCGUACAGUAUUUCUUCCCAGUACAUUCUUCAGUAACCGGUCUAGGUACAGAGCUGCCAGAGAGAGGCUUGAGUCUGAAGCCAGUCCGUACGGCCACCACCCUUUGCAUACCAGAUCCUGUCUUCAAUGAUCGGCAAAGUCAUUCCUUGGUCGCGCCUUCAGACACUCCAGUGCAGAGGCUGCUGCUCAGUGCAUUCUCCAUGCAAGGCCUCUCUGCAGGAGGAGGGAUGACCUUUGAGAUCUGGUGCCGGUAUUAUUACCCCAAUGUCCGGGACCAGCUUGUGGCCAGGGCUCUCCUCCCCCUGUCCCGUCUGUGUGCCAUGGUGACAAUGCACCAUCGAGAAGAAGUGGGAAUCCAGGCGUUCUGCCUGCCGCUUACUCCAGUGAGUGAGACCUCAGCGGACACUCAUCCCCCGUCCUCAGGUUUAUUGAAUGUCAAUGUGACUUACAGACGUUCCAUCAGAAACCCUGUGGGGGUGCUGGCUACUCGCAUGGCCUCUAUAUCUGUGCAGAUACACAGAGUGUCUGGUCUGCAGGCAGCCGCCAGAGUUCUGGCACAGCAGGACCCUUCUUUCCAGUACAGUGCAGAUGUCGGGGUGAACGCUUUCGUCAUCAUCCGUCUCUCCUUCCUGCCGGAUCUUGAGGUUCGCAGCACGCGCACAAUCGCUCGCAGCUUCUGCCCGGAGUUCGAUCAUCACUCAGAGUUUCCCUGUCAUCUGGUGACACAGAGGAGCAGCGGAGAAGCCUGCAGCCUGGCGGAGAUCCUGCACUCCUCUGAGAUAGAGUUCUCCAUCCAUCACCAGAGUGUGACACACGCCAGUACGGGCAGAUCUCAACCAGCACGAGACCAUCCUCUGGGAGUGGUGAGAAUCCCGACCAGAAACCUGCUGACCAAGAGAUCAGGAAUUUCUGGCUGGUUCCCAGUAAUGGUUUCUGAAGACUCGGUGGUUCCCGGUACAGCAGGCAUCUUGGACAAUGUUGUGGGAGGCCUGGAGCUUUCUAUUGGUUUUGCUCAUCAUUCAGACAGAGAACGUGUCCUGGAGGUCGCUCGUGGUCUGGGUUGGACUGAGGAGGAGGAGGAGGACAGUGAUCAGGCCGGCGAUGCGCAUCGGGAGGAUGAAUUGGUUAAUCUCUCGGUUACUAUCCCCAAGGUCUGGCUUCCUGUGCACUGCCUGCUGAUGGCCGGACACAAGCACUUGCACAAGAGCACUUACUGCUACCUGAGGUACAAACUGUACGAUAAGGACGCCAUCUGCUCCGCACUGAAGAGGCCGGCACUCUCCGAAGACGGGCAGCGGGCCACGGUGGUGUUUGAGCAAACGAGAACUAUGGAGCUGAUGAAGCGUCAGCCACUUGUGUGGUAUCUGAGGGAAGAGAAGCUGGAGAUACAGAUCUGGCGCUCCUAUGGGAAGGACGUCAGUGGUCCAAGGCCACAAGACACUGACCGUCUUCUUGGGUGCGCCUAUGUGGACCUUGCUGCUCUGUCAGAACAAACCUUGCGGACCCUCUCAGUUAGUGGUGUAUAUCCCCUCUUUAAACACAACGCACCCAACCUGUGGGGGGCAGCAGUGAGAGUUCACCUGUGCUUGAGCUCUGCCUAUCACCCUUCACCAAGCACCAGAUACCCGAGUUCUCCAGAAGAGGAGACACUUACCGAGGAUUAUGAGACGCAGGAUAAUGUCUCCAAGGAGGAUUCUGAUGGCGAACAAGAUGAUCGCAUUCAGUCUAAGAAGAAAGAGCAAAGUCUUCUCUCCUCAGAGAGUCCCAGCAGUGAGCCGGCGGCCAUGGAGCUGGAAAAUACCUUCACAGCCAAUAUAGUGGUAGAACGGGCCAUGCACCUCAGCCUAAAAGGCAGUCCUCUGACAGAGAGAGCCGUGUCCGCUCCCAGCUGCUGUGUGUCUUUCCCGGUCGCUGGUUCUUCAUCCCCUGUAACUACCCCAAUAGUGGACAACACCGACUCCCCAACCUGGAACUUUCAACACCAGGCAAGAUUGAGCCAAGAGCUUCUUCUGGAUCCACAGCAAACCUUAGUGUUCAAGGUGUGGCACAAAGCAGAUGCAGAACGUGUUCUGGGCUUCGCCUCUGUGGAUCUUUCUCCUUUACUGUCCGGCUUUCAGUCAGUAUGUGGCUGGUACAAUAUCGGCGACUUCACGGGUCAGUGCCAGGGGCAGAUCAAAGUGUCCAUCACCCCUCUGGAAAACAUCUUACAUCUUAAGGAGGAGAAACGGGCGAGAACGGCGGAGGCUGCACCGAAACAGAAUGAGGUCAUGCCACAUCCGUCUUCUCUGUAUCACACCAGUCCUGCUCUGUUCGGUCCGUUCACCCCUUACCCUCUUCCCCAUACAGCGGACCUCCCUGACAGGAAUCCUGAAGCCACUAAUAGGAAGGACAUGUUCACAUCUACAGGACAUGAUGAUCAUCAGGAGACAUUUCAGCAAGCGGAGCAGAACACUUGGAGCGCAGAACAUGUGAACCCUCUGUCCCAGUCAUCGCGCACAUCUCUACUGCCUGCACUCAGGAAGAACCUUGGUGAACUUGAUGAUAUUCAGAAGUAUUUCAACCAGAAGUUGUACCGAAGUCUGCCGAGCACAGAACCAGCGGAAGGAGCGUCCGUACAGAAUGUGGAAACCAAACCUCAAAGUUACUCAGAAGAUAUCCAGACGCGUCUCCUACUGACUAAAUCCAAUCUGUUAGUGACCCAAGUCAGCAACCUCAUCAGCGGUCUUCAGGAAAAUCGUCUCUUUGGAGAGGCGCCAACCAGCAGCAGGAGUGACCCUACAGGACAUGUCCAGCACAUGGACACACAGGACGCAUCUCCUGAACGAGCUGAGCAGAUCCUGGGUCACCACGAGGAGUGGGAUGACGCGUGUGACCACCACAGGGCAGAUACCCCACCGUUCUCACCAGCUGCUCAUAGACAGGACAACAUGGAGGACUUUGAUCCCCCACUGGGAGAUGGCAGCUUCCUCCUAGGACAUGACUUCCAUGCCAGCAGUGAUGACGAGUAUGAGGAGAACGUCAUCGAGCCCCGAACGCUGAAUGAAAUCACCACCAUCACUGAUCGGACCAGCCCUUGGUCUAGUGUCCUCUCCGAUACUGAGGCUGAUCUCAUAGAACACGACCCGAUAAGGGAUCAGACAUCUCCAGCAGACAGCCCGACCAGUGGGGAUCACCCCGAGAUCUGUCCUCUGCUCCCCAAGGUACUUUAUCAGGUGGAUCAGUCCAGUACGCACAGCUCUGAUGGGUCUCGUAAAGACCUCACUGACAUCGAGGGGCAAGAGAUAACGGCUGAGCGUGAGGUAGAAGCAUUCGGCGCACAAACCAUCCAUCAGGUGACCUCCGACCAUGGUGAGGAUGGAGGCCGUGAUGUCAUUGAAGAGACUGAUGUAACCUCUGCUGAUCCGGAGAACGAUGACACUCACCUACAUGAUGAGGAGUCUGAUGACGGGGGUGCACAGAGCGGGGAGAGGAGAUCAGAAGACGACUCAACCCACCCAGACACCGGCCCGUCAGAAGAGGAACCCGCUGACCCGACAGAGCCCAGACGACAUUUACUUUCGGAUCCGAUGCUUCUCCCAAACUUCUUCCUCCCGCCGGAGCACUUGGAGGCCUCUAUGAGGUUCCUGAGCGUUUCUCCUUCGAUCCCCUGUGCUCAGAAGGAUGGAGAGGACCCCGGGGCCCCUAGAGGAAUCCCUUUUCGGCGUCGCCCGCGCCAGGUGCCCGGUGCAGAACUACCAAAGGCCGAGAUCAAUCGAAUUGCAAGGAUUUUUGCUGCACAGUUUUCCAAUAAAAAGUGAAGGUGACAUCUUCAGACCUCGGGGCACAAUGCCUGGUCUCCUCCCCCCUCAGAUCUGUGAGUGUCUGGGUCUGCUGUCACUAGUAGUUCAGCAUAAACAGAUCAACUCCUUACAUUACUCCCCGCCACUAUUACCUGAUCAUUGUAUAACCAAAUCCAUAAAAAGGUGGAAAGUAUAUGGUAAAAUACUCCAGAGCUGAAUUCACAAUUCUGCUUAAUGUUAUUGGAGACUGGUUGAUGGUUUACAGUAAUGGGCGUAAAUGUUGUCCCCCCUGAAU